AUGGCCCUCAGGAAGCAGAACAAACUACCACAAGCGGCAGUCAUCAAGCAAAUCCUCAAGAGGUGCUCGAGCUUAGGCAAGAAAUUGCACGGCUAUGACAUCGAGGACAGCCUCCCGUUUGAUGUGCCGAAGGGCUAUUUCGCCGUUUACGUUGGGGAAAGCAGGAGCAGAUACAUCGUCCCAUUGUCUUUCCUAUCUCAUCCCGAUUUUCAGCGCCUGCUCCAACGAGCCGAAGAGGAGUUUGGGUUUGACCAUGACAUGGGCAUCACGCUUCCGUAG